GUCAUUCGCAUUAAUUGACUUCUGGAUAGUUAUAAAUGGCCUGUGGAUCGUAAACUAGGGCAAGCGUUAAUUGUUUCAUUUCUGAUACCAAACAACUGACAAGAUUUGACUAGACGUUCCGGACACGAACACAGUGACCAUGGGCGAAGAACCUGCGAAGGUAAAACGGAAUAAAUCAAUGACUUGGCGUUCAGAACUCUUUCGGUUUAGUCAAAAUACAACACUCCACGGAUUAAAACAAGUUACAGCCGAAACGCCAUUUCGAACCAGAAGGAUUAUUUGGAUAGGUCUCGUCCUUGGAGGAUUCAGCUUAUUCAUUUACCAAGUGGUGAUGAGUCUUCUUCUCUUCCUGUCCUGUCCCGUGGCGGUCAACGUAAAAAUUAAUUACGUCAGCAAUGUGACCUUUCCCGCGGUCACAUUCUGUAACCAGAACGCUUUCAGAGCGUCGCGUGCUGCCAAAAAUGGUUGGUACGAGGCGCUUUUUGAUAUGUACGGUGCCAGUGACGAUGAAAGAAAGAAGUCUUUGGCUGUCUUGGGGUCCCACUCCUUUAUGGACCUUCUGAAGAGAACAGGACACGAGGAGGAAGACAUGAUUGUCAGUUGUCGUUGGGGUGGCAAAGAUUGUGCUGAGGGUUCGUUAACUAAAACAUUCACUGACCAAGGCGUUUGCUUUACGUUUAAUGCAGAUUUGCACCCAAGGAUUGUCACGCAGACAGGUAAAGUACAGAUAAUCUUAGAGAGUCAUCAGUUAAGUUUAUGA